CCUUCCCAUCAUGAAUAGAGGCUUCUCUCGAAAGAGCCACACAUUCCUGCCCAAGAUCUUCUUCCGCAAGAUGUCAUCCUUAGGGGCCAAGGACAAGCCCGAGCUGCAGUUUCCCUUCCUGCAGGACGAGGAGACUCUGGCCCGGGUCAUCACGGACAGGUACCGUGACAGCACCAAGACGGUGUCGGCCGACGCUUACAAGAUCACCCCCGCUCGGGGAGGCUUCUCCGAGGAGUACAAGCGGCUGGACAAGGACCUGGCUGACUGCUGCCGCCGGGACAUCCGGGUCCUUGUGCUGGACGACACCAACCACGAGCGGGAGCGGCUGGAGCAGCUCUUUGAAAUGGCCGACCAGUACCAGUACCAGGUGCUACUGGUGGAGCCCAAGACGGCGUGGAGGCUGGACUGUGCCCAGCUCAAGGAGAAGAGCCAGUGGGGGCUGUCGGUUGAUGAGCUGAAGAAGCUGAAGCCCGGGCUGGAGAAGGACUUCCUGCCUCUCUUCUUCGGCUGGUUCCUGACCAAGAAGAGUUCGGAGGCCCUCCGGAAAGCCGGCCAGGCCUUCCUGGACGAGCUGGGGAACAACAAGGCCUUCAAGAAGGAGCGUCAGCACUUUGCCUCUGGGGAUGAGCACAGGGAGAAGGUUGAUCUGGUCACCUACUUUGGGAAGAGACCGCCAGGCGUGCUGCACUGCACAACCAAAUUCUGUGACUACGGGAAGGCUGCCGGGGCGGAGGAGUACGCCCAGCAGGAUGUGGUGAAGAAGUCUUACUCCAAGGCCUUCACACUGACCAUCUCUGCCCUCUUCGUGACGCCCAAGACAACGGGAGCCCGGGUGGAGCUGAGUGAGCAGGAGCUGCCACUGUGGCCAAAUGACGUGGACAAGCUGUCUCCCUCUGACAGCCUGCCCCGGGGGAGCCGUGCUCACAUCACCCUCGGCUGCGCGGAUGACGUGGAGGCCGUGCAGACUGGCAUUGACCUCCUGGAGAUUAUACGGCAGGAGAAGGGGGGCAGCCGAGGAGAGGAGGUGGGUGAGACACCCCGGGGCAAGCUCUUCUCCUUGGGCAGUGGGCGCUGGAUGCUGAACCUGACUAAGAAUCUGAAGGUCAGGGCCAUCUUCACGGGCUACUAUGGGAAGGGCAAACCUGUGCCCACACAGGGCGGUCGCAAGGGGGGUGCCUUUCAGUCCUGCACCAUCAACUGAGUGUUCUCACCACCCCUCGGGUGCCCCUCUUUAGAAGGGACGGGGGUGCAGAAGGAAGCAUGCCCUCUGCUUGAUCUUUUAAGAUUUUUUUUUAUUCAGUUAACCUUAUAACCUUUUCAGAACUUGUAAGAUAACUGCCCCUUUUUCUGCCUACCCUCUUCCUGUCUAAUUCAAGCUCAACACAAAGGGGUGGGGGCAGGUACCAUUCAGGAAUCUGGACCAGAGCUGAUAAGCUGGGCCGAGCUGGGCCUGGAGCUGCAGCCACAACCAUGAGCCCUGUCCAGAGCUGGCUAGUGGGAGAGACCGCAGGGCUCCACGUCCCUUCACUGGUGGUGGGAAUGAGAGGGGAGGAUCCCUGGGCUUUGAUCCUAUUUCUUAAUCAGUGUAGCCUCAGGAAGACUGAGGCUGCUUAUCAGGGUAGAAAAGGGGUUAACCUUUUAAGUGCCUGUCCCUUCCUUCUUCACACUGUAACUAGGUAACAGUUUGAUAGCUAGGAAAGAAAACAGAUCAGUAAGCAGCAGCCACACCCCAGGCUGGCUGCUGGCCUCACCCCAGGAAGGGGAUGGGGGGCCAUCCUUCCCAGUGGUGUGGCCCUGCUAUGUGAUGGGGACCGAGGCCAGAGACAGUGCGUGGUGGGGAAGCUCCAGUCUUGCAGUCUGCCCAGCCCACCUUGCCUCCCUGGUGCCUCUGGAGGCCUCUGUGCCUCCUCUAAAGGGGGCUGGUGGGUACUAAGAGCCAAUGAACUGGACUCCUGGCUGUUUAGGGCUAAGCCCCACCCAGUGCUUUUGAGAAGGGGUUAACACUGCUACAUGGACUAUGGUUCCUGGGGUGCCCUCCACUACCCUCUGCUCAGUAACAGAGCCUUGCUAAUUAGGUUGUCACUUGACAAAAAGUGCUUGGGAUUUGAGUUACCCACCUGGCUUUGCCCAACCUCAGUAACUUGUAAUACUGAUAAUGAAAUAAAUCGUGUUAAUCCUA